CGAGCCCAACGCACAAGCAGUAGUCACCCGACACCCGAGAAGAGAGAAUGUGUUGAUUCUCAUUGUGCGAUUCGGAUUCGUGUAUCAUAUGUACCUAGUGUAUUUGUAGUAUUAUACUCGUACAUAUUAUAGUAAAGUGAAGUGAAGUGAAGUGUAGUGCCUGUGCCAGUGCUAGUGCGUACUAUUACACUACAACGAACUGUUUUUUGGAUUUUUUUCAAUAAUCAAAGCUCAACUGCAUAUGCGAUAUUGCCAUCGUUUUGUUUCGCCUUGUUUUUUUUUUCUACCGUGAAUUAACAAGAGAAUUGCCUGAUCAUGAAAGCGAUACCAAUGAGCGAUAGUGGCCGAACCAGCACCAUGUCAGCAACGACAGCGGUCGCAGCAGCCGGCAAAAUAACCAAACACAAACGAGACGUCGAAAACGAAGAAAUCCGAGCUUAUCUCUGCAAGCUGAAAGAAUUGGUACCUUUUAUGCCAAAAAACCGACGAUUAUCGAAACUGGAAGUCAUUCAGUACGUCAUUGAUUACAUAUGCGAUCUGCAACAAGCCCUCGAAGCUCAUCCCACCAUCAGCUCGGUAGCAGUGCAUUCUGCGGCUGCGGCAGCUGUCAUGUUAUCUUCGGCUUCGCAAGCGGCCGGCGUUAAUUUACAAAUGCUCGGUAUCGCAAAUGCCGCCGAGUGUAGGCAGCCGCUGUCCAUACUUCCAGCCAAUUCCAAUAGCAAUUUGACCAAUGCCAAUGUUCCCAGUAUAAAUACGACGAGUACUUGUUCCGUAUCGCAAGCUUCUUCUAUCUCGACAACCACCAGCAGCAGCAAUAAUGGUGGAAGCAGGCAAAACGAAAAAGUCGCCUACUGAGUGCUGUGCUGAGUCAUGAGGUAACCUUGGCGAUCCAGUCCUAUGGUCAUCUGCGAAUGGUUACAAUCUUAUCGUCGGCCAUCGAGCAUUGGGCAUUAGCUGUAAUCCAUAUAAUCAGCAUCUCAAAGCAUCAAGUCGACCCUUCGGCCUUCGUGCAUAGGCCCAUGAGGUUUACAAAAAUUAACCAAAGGCUGCGGAUUCGGCGAUCGAGUGGUCACGUCUUGAUACGAUUACGAGCACCUAGUUGUGUGCGGAAUGCCAGUUGCCUACACUAUGGUUUACUGUAUUCUUUAUUCGUAGGCCUACGUCUUAAUACGCUCUGAAUUGGGGUUCAGAGUUGAGCUGAUGUUUCACCCAUUUUUGUACAUUCCAUAACGUCAUUUUUUCCUUCCAAUAUUACGCUAUUGUACCCUGAUAUACGUAAUAUUUUUAUAUUGUAUACAAAUUGCAUACAAAUAAUACAUAAAGACCACGAUACCUAAGUACCUACGAAUGUACCCGUAUAAAUUCAUCUUUUUUUUAUUUUCCUCGUCUUUUUCUUUUUUCUCUAUUUAUUUUCCUUCCCACCUACAUAUUUUUUUCUUCUUCAUCAAAUGUCACGAAAUGCAGAUUGCAAUAAUGUUUCCAAAUUGAGGGGGGGGGGGGGAUUUUUCAUUACUGGAUUUCAACUCAUUACGUAGGUCUUAUGGUGUACCUUAUGGAUAUUUUUUUUCGUUUUCUUUCGCUCCCACCCCCUAGAGUUGUAAUCUCGGAUGAGAAAAUCACGCCAUGAAAUUUUCAAUUCCCUCGAUGAAAAAUAAAGGGUGAAAAAAUUGAUGUAUCGUACUUACAGGGAAAAUUUCAAAAAAAGGCUACUUUGUUCAAUUUCAUGAUUUUUUUCAACUUUGGAGGUCUCUGAAUAAGUGACCAACAACAUUGUUGAGGGUUUUCUCAAAAAAAAAAAAUCAACUUCAGAAAUUUCGUAAAAUUGCCAUAAAAACUGGAAAACAAUGAACGGAUUGGGGAGGGGGAGGGGGGAAAUUGGUGAGACGAGGAAGCUUAUAAAGCAAUUUUGCGAAAAACAGAACUUUUUUGGCCAGCUUUGAAAAACAAAGAGGACUUCUUGGGCAGGCAAGGAAAAAAUCAACGUUUUGUGAACGCGUUGACAAAAAAAAAUUACUGAUCAAUUUUUCAGCAAAAAUUAAGACUAUUUGACUAGUUUAUCAAAAAAUUAAUUCCUGAGAAUUUUGACGAAAAAACAUUACAACUUAUCGUCAACUCACCAAAAAUUGACCUUCUCUGAUAAUUUUGACAAAAAACGAGCAUUUUCUGACGAUUUCACCAAAAAUGGAAAUUUUUUGACAAUUUUCCCAAAACUGACACCUCUCGAUUAUUUUAUCAAAAACUGACGGUUUUCAACAUUUUUUGACAUGGGAAAAUUCAGCAAAAAAAAACAACAAAAAACAGAAGCCUCAUAAUCAAGUUUGGCAAAAAAAAAAGGACUCUUCAAACAGAUGAGGUGAAAAUUAAUGCUUUUUAGUGUAUUGGAAUUGAGGGGAAGAGAGGGAGGUACGUAAAAUUAUGGCCUUACAACUUUCAAAAAUUAACGUGUCCUCGAAAAAGAAGCUGAAAAAAGGUCUGUUCAGAGAGAUUCUGCUCAGAGAUGAAAUAUUUUAGAAUAAUUUGUACCUGCAGACAUCAAUAUUUUACUCAUUUAAAAAUAUUUGUCAACUUUGGGGGCUUCAUACAAGAGUACCAGCAUCAUUUGGAGCACCAAGAAGUGUUCCUAAAAAAUGUGCUUAUUUAGAAAAAUUCUGUCCACUGAAAAAUUUUCAAAAAAUUUUUCCAGAGUCAAUUUUUCAUAUUCGUUUAAUUUUUUCUGAAAUUGGGUGCUUCAUACAAGUAAGCCAACAUCAUUUGGGGGGUCCAACAAAGGUUUUUUUUUGAAAAUGGGGUUUGUAGAACAAUUCUAAUGUGAAAAUGAGAUAUUUUCAAAAAAUUUCCUCUGAUUUUCAUUUAUUCUCAUUUUUUGUGAUUUUUUUCAACUUUGAGGGGCCUUUUACUCGAGGGCCAAUAUGGUUUGAAGGGCCGAAGAAUAUUUUUUCUUGAAAAGGAGAUUAUUUAGAAAAAUUCUGAUGUGGAAACGAACAAUUUUGAUCAAUUUUUUUUGUAUUUUUUUCUUCAUUUUUUCAACUUGGUGGGGGGCGACGUAACAACUUUGGUGAGUAGAAGUUGGAAAAUUCAAACUUUGAAAAAUAAGGUACACCUUAGUAGGUCUACUAUAUUUUAUGUAUUAUUGCUAUCGUGGUCAUGCGUUGUUUUUUUUUUUUCAUUUACCUGUUAUUUUUUGUUAGCUAUUUUGUAUUUAUUGUUUUAAUUUUUUUUCUCGUCUGUGAUGUGAUUUCGUACUUGUAGAUAAUUUUAUUUUACCUUUUUUUUUUUUUUUUGUAUGUACUCUUUUUAAUUUUUGUAUCGACUGCGAUUGCUUGAAAAAUGGGUAUAGCGUAGACUUAGAUCUCGGCCCAGAUUCGUUUUAUUAAACUCAUAUUUUGUCAGAUUGAGGAGGGAAAAAAUAUUGUGUUUUUGCUUAAAUUCAAUAAAUAAAAGUUUUCGUUUGUUUA